AUGUCGCACAUUAAGGUGCUUGAUGCUCGAUCUGUCAAUAGAUUGUGCUCAAGUCAGGUAGUUGUUACUCUUGGUAUUGCUAUAAAGGAGCUGGUUGAAAAUUCGAUCGAUGCAGGAGCUACGAAAAUUGGUAGUAAAAGUCACAGCACUUCAAAGAUUCAUGAUUUUGACGACAUUACAAAGGUCAACUCUUUCGGGUUUCGGGGUGAAGCCAUUUUUUCCCUAUGCCAAGUAGCCGAUGUGACGAUACAUACCAGGACUGAACAGGCAAAAGUCGGCACGCGGUUGGAGUUCACGAAUUCUGGUGGGUUAAAGUCCCGCCGUCCAUUAGCGCGGAGUCGAGGGACAACUGUCUAUGUUGAAAGGCUGUUUCACACUCUUCCUGUUCGCAGACGUUAUCUCACAAACCAAUCCCGUUUGUCGAGAGAAUUUUCUCAAGCCAUCACUCUGAUUUCCAGUUAUUGCCUUGUUUUAACUGGAGUUCAGCUGUCCUGUUAUCGGAUCGAUAAGAAAGGGACAAAAAUACUGGUUGUUUCCAAUAUGGAAGGGAACUCGCUCUCAUCGAAUAUCGCUGCGGUUUAUGGUCAAGCUCAGCUCGAAUCGUUAGUUAAGAUUACCAAUGACUUUGCGGUCAAUGAUGAACUCAAGGAUGAAUACAAAGUCAAGCUUUCAGCCGAAGAGUUGGAUGAAAUCAAAUUCUCAGGUUUCAUAUCUAUGCCGCCGGUGGGUAGUACUGCUACCUUCGGUAGAUCCUCGGGUGACCGACAAAUUGUAAGCAUUAAUGGUCGUCCCUGCGACUUCCCCCAGUUCACCCGUCUUGCCACAGAUGUUUGGCGUCGUUGCUGUCGCGAGUCUCUGUUGUCGAAAUCACAGUCCCUUGCAAUGCCUUCUCGAAGCGCUACUUCUGCUUUCCCGGUCCUUAUUCUCCUCGUCAACCUACCCAGGGCUAAGGUGGACGUAAACCUGUCGCCGGACAAGCGACAGCUCAUUCUGCACUGGGAGCGUGCGGUUGUGAUGAAGUUAAAGGCCGCCCUCACUGCCACACUGGCUUGCGUCGAUGGAGAGCAGAGUACCUUAAAUCUUCAAGUCUCAUCGGUGGCGGUGACAGCAAGGACGGAAUUGAAGUCAGCUGAGGGACUUACUCAACGACCUAUCGUCCCAACCCAACUCUCUCUUGCCUCUAAUAUUCCUUCACGACCCGAGUCUUCGCCCCAAAAUGCCAAAAAACCUCGACUCUCAACCAGUCCCAUUACUUCUCAGAGAUCCAUCUUUACUAGCGACUCGGCAAGGCGCAAUUACAAUAAGCGUUUGCCUCUGCUCAACCGUGAAAGCGUUCGUGUGGACUUCUCCAUGAGCCGUCUGCUAAAGUAUUGGGCGUCAAGAGGUAGUUUAAGUGAAUCAGCGGAAACGCCUUCGAUUGGUGAGUUUCACGCAGAUCUGACGGAAUCGGCGGCUCAAUCGGAACUGACCUCAAUUUUUCGGUGA